UCUCUCUUCUCUGAUCUCUCAUAAGAGCUUAGGGUUCACUUUAGAUCUGUCUUUGAACAAUUUUCUUGACUAUCUUCUCUCUGCUACUCUCAAGUGACCAAGCAACUCCGUCGCAGGUGAUGAGGAGAUACAGUCCGCCUUAUUACAGUCCUCCGAGGAGAGGAUACGGUGGUCGAGGUAGAAGUCCUCCUCCUCCUCCACGACGUGGAUAUGGUGGGGGUGGUGGUGGUGGUGGACGUAGAGGAUCUAGCCAUGGAAGUCUCUUGGUUCGUAACAUUCCUCUUGAUUGCAGACCUGAAGAGCUUCGUGUGCCCUUUGAGAGGUUUGGACCUGUGAGAGAUGUCUAUAUCCCCAGAGACUAUUACUCCGGGGAACCGAGGGGGUUUGCUUUUGUUGAGUUUGUUGAUGCAUAUGAUGCUGGGGAGGCUCAAAGAAGCAUGAACAGGAGAAUUUUUGCCGGUAGAGAGAUAACUGUGGUUGUUGCUUCAGAGUCUAGGAAAAGGCCUGAAGAGAUGCGUGUGAAGACUAGGACUCGUAGUAGGGAACCUUCAGGCUCCAGAGGUCGUUCUCAUGGACGGUCUCGUUCACGUUCAAUCUCUCGAUCACGUUCUCCUCGUCGUCCAUCAGAUUCUAGAAGCAGAUACCGAUCAAGGUCUUACUCUCCUGCACCAAGACGAAGAGGAGCAGACUAUUCAGCAUCUCCGAGGAGAAGGCAAGAGGAACGUCCACGAUCACCACCAAGAGGUCCUCCUCGUGGAGAAGAAGAUGGAAAAUACAGUCGCAGGUCCUAUUCCCCUGGCUAUGAAGGUGCUACUGCUGCUCCAGAUCGGGACAGAAAUGGAGACAAUGAGAUCAGAGAAAAACCGGGCUAUGAAGCAGAGGAUAGACUUCGUGGUGGAAGAGCAGUUUCAAGGUCGCCAUCAGGAUCCAGGUCCAGGUCUGUGGAGGUAUCUCCAAGAUGAAACAUGUGUCAAGAAGCCGACCAAAACAUUGUGCAACGCUUUAUGGGUUUUGCCUCUGUUGUUUCUCUAGUAGUGGUCUCUGUGUCUUUAAAAACUCCCGAGUUUGGUUUGUUAAAAAGAUAGUCGUCGUGUGAUGUGAUGUUACUUGAAAUCGUACUCUGUUUGUGGGUCUUAUUUUGAAGUUGUAUGAAGAUUGGUUAUGCUUUUGAUGUGAGAAACGUUUAAAACCCA